AUGGAAUUACCACCAGGCUUCAAAGGGGAGAAACCGGGGCAAGUUUGCCAAUUACUACGAUCUCUCUAUGGCCUCAAGCAAGCUAGCCGGCAAUGGAACUCAAAACUAAGCAGUUCCUUGUUAAGCAGAGGCUUCAAGCAAGCCCAGUCAGACCCUUCAUUGUUCACCAAGGGCUGUGGUUCGGAUUUUAUAGCUAUCCUCAUAUAUGUUGAUGAUAUCUUGAUUUCUAGCCCCGACAUGUGCCUCAUUAAUGAACUCAAAGCCUUCCUUGACUCGACCUUCAAGAUUAAGGAUCUUGGAAAGCAGGGCUAUUUUUUGGGUAUUGAAGCUCAUAGAACCGAAGCUGGCCUAAACUUGUGUCAACGGAAGUAUGCAUUAGACAUCCUAGCUGAAGAAUGCUUUCUUCACUGCAAACCGGUGAGCACCCCCAUGGUUCCAGGUCACAAGUUAACCAAAGACAGUGGCACUUCUAUCACAGACAUCAGUGGCUAUAGAAGGCUUAUUGGGCGAUUGCUGUACUUAACCGCAACAAGACUUGAUCUCUCUUAUGCGAUACAACAACUCAGCCAGUUUGUGGAUGCUCCCACAGAUGUGCACUUAGCUGCAGCUCAUCGUAUACUACGAUAUAUAAAGAAGUCUCCAGGGCAAGGGCUGUUCUACCCUGCAAAUAACAGUUUACAGCUCAAUACUUUCUCUGAUUCAGACUGGGGAUCCUGCUUGGAGACACGAAAAUCCAUCACUGGCUUCUGUGUAUUUCUCGGCUCUGCGCUCGUGUCAUGGAAAUCUAAGAAACAAGCCACUGUCUCCCGUUCUUCAUCGGAGGCAGAAUAUCGAGCACUCGCAGCCACAGUUUGUGAAAUACAAUGGAUCACGUUUCUGCUACGUGACUUGCAGGCUCAGUUAAACAAACCUGCAGCGCUGUUUUGCGACAAUAAAUCGGCCAUAGCCAUAGCCGAAAACCAUGUAUUCCACGAGAGGACAAAACACUUGGAUAUAGACUGCCACAUCGUUAGAGAGAAAAUCAGCCAAGGACUUGUUAAGUUACUCUCUGUUUCCUCUGCCGCACAAGUUGCCGAUGGUUUUACCAAAGCACUCCCAAUAUCCUUGUUCCAGACGUUCAUAUCUAAGAUGGGCACGCAUGAUCUGCAUACUCCAGCUUACGGGGGGUAUUGGAGGACAAGGCACGUGAGCAAGGAAAGGAAGAAGGCUACAGUGUGUAACCGUCUCACCAAGAUCUGUUAUAUGUUUGUUAUGAUAACUGUCUGA